CCUGCACAGGUAUAAAGGUGAAGAAGAGCUGCCGAUCGUCCCAAACGGUCUCUCCUCUCUCAGCACCUCACCAACUCUGUGGGACUCCUCUGUCUACAAGAACAGACCAUGGCAGCGUGGCUCCAGGCUGGUGCUCUUUUGUUCCUGCUGGCGUUCACCACCGCAGGAGCCAAUGCAGGCGCACCUCAACACCUGUGCGGAUCUCACUUGGUGGACGCUCUCUACCUGGUCUGUGGCCCAUCGGGCUUCUUUUACAACCCCAAGAGAGAGGUGGACCCACUGCUCGGGUUCCUUCCCCCCAAGUCUGCUCAGGAGGGUGAGCUGGCCGAAUUCCCAUAUAAAGAGCACACAGAGCUGAUGGUGAAGAGAGGCAUCGUGGAGCAGUGCUGCCACAAACCCUGCAGCAUCUUCGACCUGCAGAACUACUGCAACUAAAUCACCAGCUACCAGCAUAGACUAACCCAUCAGCUCAGAGCUACAAAUGAAAAAAUGGUGAAAAACCUGAUUACUUGCCUUUUUCCUAGAAAAUAAAGUUUCAUCAAAUGAAA